UCCUAUGCGACAGCCGCAAGGUCUUCAUGGGAGGAGAAGUCUAGAGAGGGUUUUUUUUGUUUGUGUCAAAAACAUGGCUUCAGGCACCUUAUCAUCCAAUCCGGGUGAGCUCCAGUCACCUUUGCUCGCCCCACCCGACAAACCCGACCCAAAAUCCGUGAUUGAGAAGCUAUGCAUCGACGACAUGCUCCAGAGAUACUGCGGCGAAUUCGGAUGGUGGCAGCUCCGUCACUUUGUCCUAACCAGCCUGGCGUGGGCCCUGGAGGCCUUUCAUACGAUGGUCAUGAUUUUCGCCGACCGUGAGCCCGAUUGGCGCUGCUUUAGCCUUUCGGGCUGCGACGAGAGGGAGAGAAGCGUUUGUAGGCUUGAACCGGGCUCGUGGGAGUGGACCGGAGGCCCCGGAAGCUCCACAGUGGCCCAGUGGGGGUUGGUUUGCGGUGAGAAGUAUAAGGUUGGUCUUGUUCAGGCCGCCUUCUUCGGCGGCUGCAUGAUCGGUGCAGGAGUUUUUGGGCAUCUAUCGGACACCAGACUAGGAAGAAAAGGCUCCCUAACAGUAGUCUGCAUCUUGAAUGCCUUAUUUGGUUGCUUAACUGCAUUUUCUCCAACUUACUGGGUAUAUCUCCUACUCCGUAUCCUCACAGGCUUCAGCACCGGUGGCGUUGGCCUCUGCGCCUUUGUGCUUGCCACGGAGCCAGUAGGACCAACGAAACGUGGCGUUGCAGGCAUGUCCACAUUCUACUUUUUCUCUACAGGAAUUGCUUUACUUUCUGGCAUUGCCUACAGUUUUCAUUCGUGGAGAGAGCUCUACAUUGCGACCUCGAUACCUUCACUUCUGUUUCUUUUCAUUGUUCUCCCUUUUGUCGCUGAGUCCCCCCGGUGGUACCUCAUUCGAGGGAGAACCAGUGAUGCUAUGGAACUAAUGCGGAAAAUCGCUAAAACUAAUGGGAAUCACCUUCCUGAAGGAGUUAUGCUAGCACUCGAUGAGGAAACAAACAACACUAGCAUAACUCAGCAACAGAGUUUCAAAGAAGAAUUGGAUACCAUAGAAGCUAUAACAGGCUCUUUAAUUGAUGUUAUAAGGUCUCCAACGACUAGAAUUCGCCUACUUUUGGCGGUGGCAAUCAACUUCUUAUGCUCCGUUGUGUACUAUGGCCUUAGCUUGAACGUUGUCAAUCUCGAAACCAAUCUAUACCUUAAUGUCCUGCUCAAUGCAGUAGCGGAAAUGCCCGCGUUUGCGAUCACAGCAGUUUUGUUAGACAAGUUUGGGAGGAAACCAUUGGCAAUAGGGACAUUGUGGUUUAGUGGGGUGUUCUGUUUGAUUGGGAUGAUGAUUGGGAGUGUUGGGAUUUGGAAAGUAGUGAGGAUGUUUUGUGGGGUUAUGGGGAUAUUUGGGAUGGCAGGGACUUAUAACUUGCUGUUUAUAUACACAACAGAGCUGUUUCCUACCGUUGUGAGAAAUGCAGCGCUUGGUUGUGCAACACAGGCGGCGCAAAUGGGAGCGAUAUUGGCACCAUUCGUGGUGGUUUUGGGCGGUGGCUUGCCGUUUUUGGUGUUUGCUCUAUGUGGGAUUCUCGGAGGGGUGUUAGCAUUUUACCUACCGGAGACACUAAACCGGCCAUUGUACGAUACCAUGGCCGGAAUGGAGGAUGGGGAAGGUAACUGGGGGGGUGUGUGAAGAUGUAAUAAGUUCAUCCAAAAUUUCCCUACUCGUCCUUUUGUUAGAGUGACCAUGUAAUUGUUCUCUCCUUCAUAAUAAGAAUUUUAUUCUCAAUGACAAAA